AUGUUGUGGUUGAAAUUUGGCAUGAGGGUGACCAAGAUGGAGGAGGGCGAGGAGACGCCAUCCGGGACGGAGAAGAGGGCCACCUCCAGUGCUCCGAGGUACCUCCAAGAAGACGCCAGCCAGGACGGAGAAAGAGGGACACCUCCUGCACUUCGGGAUCCCAGCAGAAGUGGAGAACUGGAUUGGGGAAGGCGCUACAAGAUUAUUGAAGGAAUUGCAAGAGGACUUCUUUAUCUUCAUCAAGAUUCUCGACUCAAUAUCAUUCACCGGGAUCUAAAAUCAAGUAAUAUCUUGUUGGAUCAGUACAUGAAUCCUAAGAUUUCGGACUUCGGCCUUGCAAAACUCCUUGAUGCCGACAAAACACCGGGGACUGCUAGUCAAAUUGCUGGCACAAAUGGAUACAUGGCACCAGAGUAUGCAAUGCAUGGGCGUUUCUCAACUAAAUCAGAUGUAUUUAGUUUUGGAGUUCUAGUUCUAGAAAUUGUGACCGGUCGAAGAAUCAGAGACUUCCAAGGACCGGGGAAUGCUGCGAACCUUCUAAGCUAUGCAUGGAAGCACUGGAACAAAGCGAAGGCAUUGGAUUUGAUGGAUCAAAGCCUGGGAGAAGAGUAUCAAAGAGAAGAAGCCUUGAGAUGCAUUCAUGUGGGUUUGCUGUGUGUUCAGGAAGACCCAACAGAAAGACCAAGCAUGGUAUUGGUUGUUCAGAUGCUGAGUGGUCACUCUAGUUUGCCCAGAACUCAGUCCAGGGAGAGAUCCCUCGCCUGCCAACUAAUCACCGCCGGAUCUGUUAAUAGAGUUGGCAAGCACCUACAAAUCAGACCUCCAAGGCUCCAACUCCUCCUCUCUCCCCUUUCCUCCGCCGCCAUCCCCACCGGCUUCUCCACCCAGUCCAACGGCCGAUCUCCAAACAAAGUCUUCGGCUCUGCUCUCUGCCGCGGCGAUGUCUCCCAAGACGAAUGCCAGUACUGCCUCUCCACCGCCGUCCAAGACAUCCUCCAGCCCUGCCCGUUGAGUCGAAGAGGGGCCAUUUGGUACCCAAAGUGCUUUCUCCGCUACUCUAGCAACAACUUUACCUCUUCCAAAGACAACGAGACUUCAAGAUUUAGACAAUUCUCCUACGAGACGCAGAAUGCCUCGGAGCCGAUCUUCGCAGCGCAGUUGGGAAACCUGAUGACUGACUUGACAGAGCGGGCGGCAUACAGGUCGGCGCGGCUGUUUGCCACAGGGGAGGUCAAUAUGACUAACUUGCAGUGCACGAGGGAUCAGUCGGAGGAUGACUGCCACCAGUGCCUGCAGCGGUCGGUGAACAUCAUGUCAACUUACUUCCCACGGAGCAUUGAAGCGAUGACGGUGGCUUACGACUGCUUCAUGGGGCACGCGACGUACUCCUUCUAUAAUCAAUCUGUCGGGCCUGCACCACCACCUCCGCCAGCACCGGAGGUGGAUCUCGGCGCUCCGCCGCCUAGAGGAAAGGACUCAGGGAAAAAGAACGGAGCCUUGGUCAUCCCGUUGGUUGGCGCGUUGGUGGUCCUCUCAGCCAUUUUCAUCUGUUCAUGUAGGAGGAGAACAUUUGUAAAAGUAUCCAAUAAGUAUUGCAUACGUCAAGUUUAA